AUGUCUCCGGGAACCCCAGUUAGGGCUGCCGCUUCCAGGCCCAAUCGCAUUGUAUUUCGCCCCUUCGAUGCUCGUUCAUCAACGAAGCCUUCGGAGACAGGCUCCAACACAAGACCGGUACCUCCAUUGCCACAGCUCCGAGACACGUGCACUACCAGCGAGAAAUCCUCGCAAAAGUCUGCAAAGUCAGAAGAUUACGGUAUUGACUUUGGACUCGACGAUGAUGAUGCCGACGCGAUCGAAGAACUAUUCGCAGAGUUCGACAAGAAGUUGAAACGGGACAACGAGAAAAGUCCUAUAGAUUUGAAGACCAUCGUGGAUGAAAACCCUUCUACUGCGACGAAAACAGCAAAAUCAUUCGAACGCCUGCUUCCAACUCAACCUACACAAUAUUCAUCGGGCUCAAGCCAACCUCGCAUAAUCGAAGAAGAGGGACCAGCCGAACAGGAAGAAUACCAUGAUUCACUAGCACUCGACUCUCUUCUAGACCUAGAAUUCGACGAUGCAGAAUUACUUGCCGCACUUGUGUCGCAUGAGCUUCCUAGCUCUCAGCCUAAAGCACAGCACGAUGAUGGGGGCAAAGGGGAGCAAAAGCCUGGUGGGGCUUGGGAUUCACAAGAGAACUGGAAUGACGAGGAAAUUGAUCGUCAGGUGCUUUGGGAAUAUGAGCAAUGGGUUGAACGGACGGGUUACGUUGAGGCUCCAGGGAAAGACAAGGUCGAUGAGACACCCCAAACAAAAGCCAUUAAAGAAGAACAAAAGCAAAACGAAGACCGAUACAAGGAGAGAUCAGAGGUAGGACAGGUAUUGGAUAUUGAGGAAGCACCCAAUGAUCCCCGAUCUCCAUUAGAUCGAUGGCGCAAGAGGGGCAGUAAUACAAAGCUGUCUGUAUCUGAUUUGCUGUGCAACAUGUGGUGCGAACAGCAGUACCAUUACACACUCCUUAGAGGCUUCAAGCGGCGGACUGCGGAAAUGCAGGCUGGAACGAAGAUUCAUAGGGAAAUGGAGGAGGAGGUCCAUACUAUUGUGCCAGUCACUGUAAAGACUUCGCAUGAUAAGUGGGGUCUUAGGAUAUGGAAUAUGAUUCAAGGACUCGAAAGUUUACGAGCUACAGGGUUGACGAGGGAGCUGGAGGUUUGGGGGUGGAUUGAUGGGGUUUUCAUAAACGGGGUUAUAGAUGAAGUGAACUUCAAGAAGUUUGAAAGGGACAGAGAUGAUAAAGAGAAUGGUGCCGUGGGGAGGGUCGGUGAUAGAGGGGAAGCGAAGGAAGUAUCACUGCCAGAAAACGUUACUGAAGCAAUGAUUACGGGUGCUGCUCCUAUGGAAGAGAAAGCUGGUGAUAUUCUGGAAACCCCUAAAAAGAAGAGAGGGCGUCCGAGAAAGACACCUGAACCAACAUCGCCAGCCCCCAAGACUCCGAAGCAACAGAAAACGAUAUUGGAUUUCAUAACACCAAGUCCAAAAAAGACUCGAUCCAAGGGGCAGCCCGCCUAUGUUCUUGAUCUCAAGACGAGGGCAUCGGCAAGGAUACCCGAACCGGGGUCAUCACAAUCGCUUUCUGUUCAUAUUCAGCUGAUGCUAUACCGGCAACUGUUAAACGAUAUGAUUAGGGCUACGCCGAAGUCGAUGGUUAAGAAACUUUGCAAGCAUCACGACCUUCCGGCUGAUGAGCCUUUCUCAGAUGAUUUAAUAGCUGGACUAGCAGGGAAUGGUAACGAAACUCAACCCGGAAGCGACGAGUUAUCGUUGCUACUUGAGAAUAAUUCAAUUGAGAAGCUUUACACCUUGUUCCAGAAAAAGCUGAAACAGACUAUCAGUACGGUCUCACCGGAUUUGACUGUGGUCUAUCGCUGGCAACAGAAUGGACAAUUCAUGGACUCCGCGGAUUACAUGGCAGACGAUGAUAUGCUAAAACAGCAUGUGGAUAACAUAAUUUCAUGGUGGAAAGGAGAACGGGAGACCGUUGGGGUUCCCAUCGAGGAGGCCUGGAAGUGCAAACGCUGUGAGUUUUCAGACAACUGCGAGUGGAUCCAAAAAGCCCUAAAGGAGCGGAUGGACCAGAUACGGGGCAGGCGGCGUGCGGCGAUCUGA